AUGACCGUCGAACACCAACCACGCCCGGAACCGGUGCUGUUUCCAAAUGGGGGCUGGGACGUCCACCACCACAUAUUUGAGCCGGCGAAAUUCGCCUAUGCUCCUGAUAGACACCUCACUCCGCCACCCGCGACCGUCCAGCAAUUCCUCGCCUUUAAGGAGAAAAUUGGUAUUACCAACUCGGUUCUCACGCACGGUUUAUCAUAUGGACCGGACUGCACUUCCCUCAAAUCGUUUGUCCAAGAACUGGGGGAGUCAGGAACGAGGGGCAUUGGGGUCAUUGACCCCGAUAAGACGACACCAGAGGAGCUCCAGGAGAUGCACAAACAGGGCAUCCGAGGUAUCCGGGUCAACUUGUACCAGUAUCAGGCGAUGCACGAUGUGGAACGACAGAAACAAGCUUUACGUGACCACAUCAGAGCUAUUAAGCCGCACUGUCCAGGAUGGAGUAUAGCGUUCACUCAUGUGCAUCCCGAGUACUGGGGAGAGCUGAAGCCAAUUAUUGAGGAGGAGGUGAUGUCCUCUAGCCUUCAUCUGGUCACUGACCACUUUGCAUUGCUCAAGGCCGCUAGUAUGCUGCCUGCAGAGUACGAGGGAGAUAUCACUCGACAGCCCGGGUUUACAGAGAUCAUGGAUCUGGUCCAUUCUGGACUACUAUACGUGAAACUUAGUGCUCCAUAUCGCGUAAGCCAUGAAGCUCCGCGGUAUGCAGACGUGAAGCCAUUAGUGCGCGCUUUUGUGGAUGCCAAUCCGCGACAGAUCCUUUGGGGUAGCGACUGGCCUCAUACCCCGCAUAUGAAGGUUCGAACGCGUGAAGAGGCACUGCGGGAGACCCCGUAUCUGGUCAUCGAUGACGCGGAAUGGCUGAGAAGCUUGCGGUCCUGGGUCACUGCAGAGGAAUGGCAGGCAAUAAUGGUGUCGAACCCGACUAGACUGUAUGACUGGUAA